AUGCAAUUAAACAUUAAAAAAGACAAAGAGAAAGCAGAGAAAGAAAAAGAUUAUGAUCUAGUCAAAAUAUUAUUGCAAAACUUCCAAGUCUUUAACGAAGUAGAGGAGAAAAAAAACGCUGAGCGACGGCAAAUGAUGAUCAACUAUGGAAAAGAGUUAAAAAUGUCGAUCGACCAGAAAACAGAUCUGAGACAAAGACAGAAAAAGGUUGCUAUGAAUGAAUUUUCGGAGGCUGUUAAAUUGGAGGAGCUGAGAAUGGGUGAAAUGAAAAAUGAACAAACAACUAUUGUUAAAGAACAUAUGGGAAAUCUUGUAGGAUUUUUCCCACCGACGGCAAGAGAUCAAUAUAAUAUGAAAUAA